AUGGAGAAGACGCAAGGCUGGCUGAGCAUCCUGGGAGCAAAUCCGGACGUGUUCUACAAGCAUCUUUUCGAUGUCGAGACACCAAAGUACGGCGCCGGCAGGCCUUCCUCCUGGCCCUUGGGCCAUGAGAUGGAGUACGAAUGCCGCCUGGGCGACAUGAUCCUCUGCAGCAAGGUGCGGGAGGCCUACGAGGUGGGUUUCCGUGGCAAGAAGCGAGACAAGCCAACUGCCAUGGAACAGCUGCUGGGAGGGACAGGUGAUGCCGUGCGAGUGCGCAGGAUCGCCAAGGUGGAGCAGGUGAGCUGCGACAACUGCGGCUUGCAUUUGGCGGAUGCAGACAAGCCAGGAGGGAGAUUCUUCUACUACUGCAGGCAGUGCAAGAGAAGCGGACGAAGGUUUGAGCUUUGUGUGGCCUGCCACGUCCUGGAGAUUCUCCAAGGAGAAGGCAAAUACAGCGGCAACAGCUUCCACCCUCACUACCUCAAGUGCCAGCACCGCUCCACUUUGAUCCGCAGACAGAGUUUGGAGAACGCCUAUCUGGAUUCGCCCCACUUGCAUCGCGUGCUCUGCGACAUGUGCGGCGGCGUCGUGGUGGGCAGAGGUGCGAGUGACCAGUGCGCGAAGGAUGGCGGCUCCGGAGGAUUGCCUUCCAAGAACAGGAAAGGGCAAGAGCUAAACGAUCCGCACAAGAAGUUCUACAUUCUCGCCAGCGAGUUCUACGCUUGCGCGCAUUGCCCGGAGCAAACGGGGCUGCGCUUCGAGCUCUGCGUGCCCUGCCACAACCGGAUCUCGGAAAGUGGUCGCGGGAUUCAGCAACUUGAAACCACCCUAUGA